GCGCUGCGCUGCGCUGGUAGUCUGGAGCGGAGCCUGGCAGCGGCAGGAGCGGCGGCGCGGGGGUGAGGAGCAGCCGGAGCCUGCUGGACGGAGGCAGCCCCGUCCCCCUCCCCUCCCCCUCGCCUCUUUCUUUGUGCGCAGGGCAGGGGCGGCCCCGAUCCAUGGUCAUGGGCGACAAGAAGAGCCCGACCAGGCCGAAGAGGCAAGCCAAACCUGCAGCCGACGAAGGCUUUUGGGAUUGUAGCGUCUGCACCUUUAGGAACAGCGCCGAAGCCUUCAAAUGCAGCAUCUGCGAUGUCAGGAAAGGCACCUCCACCAGAAAACCUAGAAUAAACUCUCAGUUGGUGGCACAACAAGUUGCCCAGCAAUAUGCAACCCCACCACCACCUAAGAAGGAGAAAAAGGAGAAAGUGGAAAAACAAGACAAAGAAAAGCCUGACAAAGAGAAGGAAAUUAGUCCAAGUGUUACAAAGAAGAACACUAACAAGAAGACUAAACCAAAGUCAGAUAUUGUGAAAGACCCUCCUAGUGAAGCAAACAGUAUACAGUCUGGGAAUACUACAACAAAGACCAGCGACCCGAAUCACACUUCAAGACCCAGACUGAAAAAUGUGGACAGAAGUACCGCGCAGCAGCUGGCAGUCACAGUGGGAAAUGUCACAGUAAUUAUCACAGACUUUAAAGAAAAGACUCGUUCCUCUUCCACAUCAUCUUCUACAGUGACCUCCAGUGCAGGAUCAGAACAACAGAAUCAGAGCAGCUCGGGCUCUGAGAGCACAGACAAGGGCUCAUCCCGCUCCUCCACGCCGAAGGGGGACAUGUCGGCAGUCAACGAUGAAUCUUUCUGAAAAUUGCACAUGGAGUUGUGGAAACUAUGAAAUCAGGGUAUGAAAUUCAAACACUCCACCUGCCCAUGCUGUUCAAAUCCUGGAGAGCCUCUUCUGUGCUUGAACACACACUUUUCUUGGGACAUCGACCUCUAACUGAUGCAACCAGGAUAAUUUCUGCUUGCCGUGGGCAUCUGGCCACCAAGGAAUUUCUCACCCUAACGAUUACUCUUGACACUUUUAUGUAUUCCAUUGUUUUAUAUGAUUUUCCUAACAAUCAUUUAUAAUUGGAUGUGCUCCUGAAUCUACUUUUUUAUAAUAUCUGCUGUGCACAAUUUUCCAUGAACAUUACAACUUUUUGUUUUGGGGUAGGGAGCGGGUGGGGAGGGAAGGGGGCUUUAUUUAUUGCAUUCACAAACUCCAUCCUCUUUCAACAUAUCCUUUUUAAGUUCAGUUCUUCUUCCAGUUAUACUGUGUACUAUCAGUUUUGAUAUAAAUUAUAUAUAAAUAUAUAUAUAAAUAAAUAUAUAUAAAGGGUUAUUUGAAACCAAUACAUGGAAACGCUGGUGCUUGAAACACUGUGAAGUGAAAAAAAAAAAAUAAUAAUUGAACAGUUCAAGAUCUGGGACAGUCCCCUUCUGUGAAAGUACUGAAACUGAAAUGGAACUGGUCUUAGGUGAAAAGUAUUCCUGAAGGUUUGAACCUGGAUGGGACCCGUUCUCUCUAUUGUUCCUUCCCCAUUUCUUCCUUAAGCAAUGGCUAGAACAGACUGGACACACGGUUUUGAUAUUUAUAGCUUGAGAUCUUGAAAGGAGAAGAGAUUGCUCCAGGUAGCUUGUGUUUUCACGAGGGUGACUUGGAUUGGUGCUGUGGAAGUGGGUGCCUGGCUGGGGUGCAAGCAUUCCCCACCAGCCUGAUGUCAGCGUGCCGUGGAUUUGUGUGUUUUGUUCAUCUGAGCAUUGCCCUGUGUGGCCAAUCCCACGGGUGUUGGUGGUAGAUUUCAUGAAUUUCAUCCCCCUGGGUCAGUGAUGGAGGUAACUUCAGAACUGGAGUGCUUUGCUUUGGGUUGGAAGGCAGCUGGGAGGCAGGGUGGGUUGAGGCAGUGAGCUGGUGCUUGUCCCAGCUGCUGGAGGAUGGGUCAGUCCUUGGCAGCCCCCUCCCCUCUGGCCCAUCCCUGUUGUUGGGGUGGUUCUUCUCCUUGAAAUCCAUCCAUAUUCCAAGGGUGGUUUUCUGAACAGCAUCUCGUCCAGUGAUGACAUUGGCCUUGUCAGUGUUUGGAUGCUUCUGGGUGUCCUGCUGUGGAAGCAAAAGUAGGGAAAAAGCUUUUGUGCUGGCAAGUGAGCAACGUGUGUGGCUCAUGCUCAUGACCAGCUCAUGACCUUCAUUCUUAUUCUAAAGCUAUUGAGACUGUAAUUUCUUUUCCUGGCCUGUUAGUGUUGCUUUACAGUUUACCUUCCAUGCAUUAUCCUGCUAAAACACUAGGCUGAAGAGGUGAAGCAAACUUUUUUUUAAAAAAAUAAAAAAAAAACAAAAACCCAACAACACAACCCCAAACCUCUUUGGCUUUCCAUCUUUAUUUUGUGGCCCUAGGGUGCUUUGCAGUAAUUUCAGAUGCAGAGGCUGUGGCUUCAUUUGACAUCAGAUGCAUGACUUUUGGGCAUGAUGAAAGAGGGCCACAUUUUGACAACUUUAUGCCAGCUUAUUCUAUUGUGAAUUACUUGCUUAGCAAGAGGAAUUUCUCUUUGUGGAGGCAACUGAUUUUAAGAUUUCUUUUGUGGUUUUGAGUAGCAGAUGUAGGUUCCUUUCACACUGGUGACAGAAAUGUGUGAGUGAGGGAUCUGUUACAGCCCCUGCUUGAAAGUGUGUGCAGUGGCAGUGCCUUUGCAGCAGUGGUUUUAUUCUGAAGAUGUUAAGAUGGGCACCCUGACUUAAUUCUGCUUAUAUUCACAGUAUAGGCUGUGUUUACCUUUUUAAGCAUUUUUAAAGUAUUUCUUAAAGAACCAAAGGAAACCAGAUGCUUCCUAUGAGCAUCAAGACAAUUUAUUAUACAUAGUUUUAAAUACUAUGAAUUUCUCAGUCCACAUUUUAACAUUAGUGGGAUAUUGCAAAGACAUUCCUUUUCCAGUUUUUACUAUUCCUUUAAGGGUCUCAGGGAGGGUAAACUGGUCAGCCAUAUUUAUUUAUUUUACUGAAAUGUAUUGGAAUAAUUUUUUAAGAGAGAUUUUUUGAAGAUGCCCCUGAACUUGUAUAUUUUGCACUGCUUUAUAAAUGAUCCAUUAUCAAUUAGGCUUGCAUGCAUCUCGGCCGUGAUCCAGUGAAGAGUGUGAGCGAGUGUGGGGUGAGUCCCUCUGCCCUCUCUGGGGCUAAUUCUGGUGCUUCAAGUCAAACCACAUGCUCACCUUCUUGGCUGAAUCUGGGAAUUUGUGCAAAAAAAGAAAAAAAAAAAAAAAAGUGAAAAUGGUCAGUUGAAAAAGCUUUAAUGCCAUAACCAGCUACUCAUGGCUACUGGUGAAGUCAGUAACAUCUUGUCUCUUUGGGCGUGCCUCCUCGAUGAAGUAGCUUGCUAUAAAGAAGUGGGGAAAAAAACCAAAAUUUCUUUGGAACAAAUGACCUGUUAAUUCUGCAUUCACUAGGAAUUGCUAGCUCAGUGCUGAACCUCCCCCAGCCUCACGUAGCUGUUGUGUUGUGACUCCAGGCUAGCGAUUGCUUUUACACUUGAGUUUCUCCAGUUGGUAUCCCCAUGGGUGGGAUUCCCCGGGCUCAAUGCCCUCGGGGUGAUCCUGCUGUGGUUGGGGAGGGUGUUUAAAAACCAAACCAAGCAAAACACUGCUGUAGGGGAAGGAGCAGAUUCGUGGUGUUCAGUGGCACAGAAAGCAGGUAAGUAAAGCACAGUGUUAACGUUUGCAAAGUUUCGACUCUUACACAGACACACACACACAGACACCGACACAGCUUGCCUGACUUGCUCAGUUUGAGGUAGUUUUGCAAAGGAAAAACGACAGCGUUUUACACAGCCAGGCUAUUUAUUUUUUAAUUGGAACACUUUGCUUGUUUCCAAAUUGGACAGAUCUAAAAAUUCGGCAGCAGCUUCCGUCAGGUUUGUGUUUGUUUGUUUUUUUUCCUUUUUCCACUGAGAUGUUUUCACCUGCCUUACCAAGAUCAUUCUCAGUCUACUUUUUUAAGCUCUACCAUAAACUUAAAUUAUUGAAAAUUUAUUAAUUGCUGACUAUAUAAUAACCUUUGCUUGUAUGUAACCGAAUGGUUUUAAGAGCCAACAUUUAGAGUAUGACAAUGGAGCUGAACAGUUUUUAAUGCGCAAGCAGUUCUGUUCUUGUGUAUGACUUGUAACCUUAAUUUACUGUGUAAAGAUGGUUACAUUAUUUCCUUAGCUUUGUUUGUUGGAGACAAAUAUAGAAUGCUUGUUUAAGUAUGUCAAAACAUAAUCUUAUCUUGUGGAUUUUUAUGUUAAUGUAUUAUACGAGCUAUAUUUUUCAUUUGCCCAGAAAGACAGCUUGUAUAACGCUUUGGAAAGUUUUUCCGCUCUGUAAAGUCUUUAGAGCUGACAGUCCUGUUAGGUUUGUUUUAAUCUUCAUGCUAAAGUGUCAAUGGUGGUUUUGUGAACUGGUCAGAAAUUCACAGGUCUUAAAUGUUUUCGGGAAAUUUAUAUUGGACACUGCUCUUUGUCUAGCAAAUAAAAGAUGUUAAUAUAUUCCUGUUACUGGCAUGUGCACGACUGUUAUUAGAAGCCACUUUAUCAUUUUCCUGCUUUAAAUAGAAAUGUCUAUUUAUGAAUUCUGCUUGUAGUUUUUUCACAAAUAAAAUAGUAAAAUUUAA